GUAAAUAAACACAAUUCCAUGCUUUCUUAAAAAUCGUGGCGGGUUGUUAAUAACUAUGUUUGGACAUUUGUUGAUAUUCAUUUUAUAAAUUUGGGAGUUUUACUAUGAAUGAAAUUAAUUCUACAUCUCGUCUGGUAGAUUAUUCUUCUGACGAGGAAUCUAGUGAUGAAAAUGCAAUUACUACCCUGAUACCCAUGAGAAAUAACAGUUCUUUUACUGAUAUAGUAAGCAACCAUAAUGAUACACAGAAAAGUGAUUUUUUGCCAUUGCCUUUAGAAAUCAAACAAAUGUACAAAAACACAGAAGAUGAAGAAGCUGUUGAAGACUCAUCCAAACAUGGUGGAAAGAUAAGAUCCUUUCCUCAUGAAAGAGGCGUUUGGGCUACAUAUGUGUACAUUGAAUAUAAUCCAGAAUCUGCAUUUUAUGAAAUGAUUGAAAAUUUAAGACAAACAGCUAGUAGUCAUAAUAUUGAAAUGCAAGUACCAGAAGAUUUUCAUAUAAGUUUAACGAGAACACUGAAGCUUAGACAUCAUUGGAUUGUCCCUUUUAUAGAUUCUUUAAAAGCCAAACUCUGCCAUUUUUAUCAGUUCAAAAUAAUUUUUCAGACAUUAGAAGUAUAUGAAAAUGAAGAGAAAACAAGAACAUUUUUAGGAUUGAAAGUCCAUACUGGAUAUGAUCAAUUACUGAAGAUUCUAAGAAAAGUGGACUCUUGUGUUGAAGAGUUCAAAUUGCCUAUUUUUUAUAAGAAUCCAUCAUUUCAUCUUAGUUGCACAUCAUGUAUCGGUGCUAGAGGAGAUGAAAUUGAAAAAAUUAUGGCUGAUUUGAAUAUCAUCUUCCAAUCAUUCAUUGAAUCUCACCCAGAAUGUGGAAGAUUAUGGGUAGAAAAAGUAUGCUGCAAAAGUGGAAAUAAGUUAUUCACUGUGAAUUUAAAAGUAUGAUUUUUUUAAAAUUGUAAAUAAAAAUGUAAUAUUUUGCUCAUAAAUACAUAUUUUUUUUAUAUACUGUUA